AUGCCGCCGCAUUCGCAGCAGAACAGCUUCGGCGAUCAGUACGGCGGGAUCGGCGGGAUCGGCGGGGGCGACAGGAACGGCGGAAGCGGCAGAUACCUAGCAGUACCGUCUCAGAAUCUUCCCCCGGAUUCAGACCCGUGGGAAAUGGCGCACGCUGGCGACCUCUGGGGGGAAACGAACGAGGGUCCGAUCCCCGAGACCCGCGCCCCGGGGCUUGGAGUGCCCCAUUUCGUCGAAACCGGCGACGGAAGUGCGUGGGCGAUCUCAGUGGCCGACGACGACGAUUACGACGACGGCGCGUCGUCGCUCCCUCCGUUUCCCACGGAAGCGCCGUACGCGGAGGCGAUUUACGAGUCGACUCAAGAAUCAGCGUCACUGCCUCCGCUCAUUGCGGGAGCGGGAGCGCCGUACGAGGGCCUCGGCGCGCUCAACCGCUCCGCGACGACACCCGAGCUCGCGACUCCCGCGAGACGCGGUGGAUAUUUUGAACCCGAGCCGACGAACUUAGCGGCGGGAAGAGCGGCGGGAAGAGCGGAGAUGACCACCCGCAAGGGCAGGCGAUCAUUCGACGCGCGUCUCGACUACGAUUCUAGAGACGACGACGCGUUGACGGCGCGCAUCGGCGGCGGCGUGUCAGGCGCUCACGUAGCAGGAGCGGCUUUUUGCGACGUGGCGGAUGGGGCCUUUGUCGCAGAGGGAGCGUCGCAGCAGUGGGACGGCGUCGCAGAUGUCGCAGAUCAUGUCGCCAUGCAGGAUGCGGCGGGCAGCCGCUGGGAUGCGAUGAUGGCCGAAGGAGGGGAGGAUGAGGAGGAAUGCGAGGAGGAAUGCGAGGAGGAAGGCGAGGAGGAGGAGGAGGAGGAGGAGGAGGAGGAGGAGGAGGAGGAGGAGGAGGAGGAGGAGGAGGAGGAGGAGGAGGAGGAGGAGGAGGAGGAGGAGGAGGAGGAGGAGGAAGAGGAGUGGGAUGAAGAAGAGGAGGGCGAAGCUGAGGGCAACGAGGAGGCGGGAGAGGAGGACGAGGCCGAUCUGUGCUUAAAUCGAGCGAGGACCCUGCCGCUGCUUCACGUUUCGCGCACGGCGUCGUCGGAAAAAUCGGCGGAGCGAGGCUUGUCGGGGACGACGAUGGGCGCUGGCAAUACGGCAGGCGAUGAGGGGGACAACGACGAUGACUUGUAUCCUGAGCUACGGGCGUGCCACACAGCGCGAGGGCGCCUCCAGCAGCUCGUGGCGCCUCCGCCUUACGCGCGCGGCGCUGAGUCGGCGGGGUUCGUUGCGCAUCACCACGGGCAUCAUGGGGAUCCUCGUUAUAAGGAGCAUCACUACAGUCCGCAGGCUCAGCGUCCAGGGGCGGAUGUGGCGGACUGGAUAUCGCCUUCCCCAGUUGGCACCGCGAAGCAACGCCUGCACCGCCGCACAGUGUCUGACCUCUCUGAUGUGCUGCCGGCUGAAGCCGCUGCUACAGCCGGCGGGAACGCUGCGGCAGGUAUGGGGCCGGCUGGGCGUGCUGCUGCUACAGCCGGAUACGGGAAUUCGGACAGCUUUCGUGGGAGCGGGGUGAAUGUGAAUGUGCCGUGUAGCAGAAGCAGCAGCGGCGGCAGUUCUGUGCCUGUGAUGGUGUAUUCCGGGGUGAACAGGGGAGGGGAGGGGGCGAACAGAGGAGGGGAGAGUCGAAGGUGCAUGGAGGGAGUGGGUGCUUAUGCUGCUGCUGCUGCUGCUGCUCGUCUUGGUUCUUUCAACCCAAAGCAGCAACAGCAGCAGCAUCAGCAUCAGCAGCAGCAGCCGCAACAUCAGCAGCAGCAGCAGCAGCAGCAACCGCCGUUGCCAGUGCCACCCCUACAUCAGCAAGGCAGCAGACGGAACAUGCCGAAUGUCGUCCCUCAGAAGAGCUUCGGCAACGCAGCGCCCAUUGGGUCCAAACCAAUGCUGGGGCAGCCUCAACUGAUUUCUCCUGCUUAUUCCCCCUGGGUACCCGCCGCCGCUGCUGCUGCUGCUGCUGCUGCUGCUGGUGGUGGUGCUGCCUCUUCAGGCGCUGGGGUUGCUUCUGCUCCUGAUGCUGUUGGUGCUGCGUUUCCCGCGCGCGCAAACACGUUUUCCAGAGCAGCGACUACUGGGCUUGUUCCGCCCAAAACACCCACCGCAUCGCAGCCGUUGAAAGGUUUCGCAGCACAGUCCUUCAGAGGGCCACAGCAGCAGCAGCAGCAGCAGCCCAAGACACCAACAGUCCAGCGAAGCUCCACUGGUACUUGGGGAGGGAAAGGAGGAGGAGCAGGAGGAGGGGUAGCAGGAGCAGGGGGGGGAACGGCUGGAGUGGGAGGGAAAGGAGUAGGAGGAUCGGGGAGAGUGGCACCCCUGAACCUACCACCACUGGUUCUUCAGGAGGAGCCUCAGCUGCAGCUAGUGCCGCCUGGCAGGAGGGCAGGCGCUGCAGCAUUAACUGGCCAGUCGACUGGACCCUCUGUGAGAGCUGCUAUUACUCCUGGAGGACGGCUGCAGCGGCAGAUGAGUGACGAUGAGGAGGAGGGGGACGGGGAGAGGGGGAAUGGGAGAGGAGCGGGGGCGGGUGAUUUGGGAAGAUCGGGCUCUGGUGUUGGUAAGCGGGGGGGCGUGACCGCCCCUAUGACGCCCAAGGGGAGGCUGCAGCGGCAGAUGGAUGAUGAGAAGGAAGAGGGGGAAGGUGUGAGGGCAAAGGCGGGCAAGAAAGGAGGAAGGUUGCAGAGGCAGAUGGAAGAGGAGGAGGAAGAGGAGGAAGGUGUGAGGCAGAAGGCGGGCAAGAAAGGAGGGAGGCUUCAGAGGCAGAUGGAAGAGGAGGAGGACGAGGAGGAGGGUGUAAGGGCGAAGGCGGGUGUGUCAGGAGCUGGUGUGAGCGUUCCAGUGCCUGUUGUUCCUACUAAGGCGGCCAAGAAAGGAGGGAAGCUUCAGAGGAGCCUAGACGACGACAGUGAGGAAGAGAAGGAGGAAGAAGGUGGGAGGAAACGGGAGGGAAGGCGGGUGAACGGGAAAGAAGAGAAGGGCAAGGAGGUGCGGAAGACAGGUUCGGGCACAGGCUCGGGAAAAGCAGGCUCGCCAACGGCUGUGGGGAAAGAAGUUUCACCUGUUGGUGCGGGUAGGCAAGGGAGCAAGAGAGAGGGAGAGAGGCUGGAGAGGAGGAUGGAGGAUGAGGACGAGAGAGGGGAGACGACUGGGGUGAUUAUGGGCGAGAAUGGUAAAGAGGGUGACAGAAGAGGGGUUGAGAGCGGUGGAGGUAGGAGCAGUCCUCGGGAGUUUACGAAGGAUGGAGGGAAUGAGGGAGUGGUUGUUGGCGAGGGAAGGCAGGGGAAGAACGCUGGGUCCGGCAAGGGGGAUAGACUGCGUGAGGAUAGGGCUUCUGGAGGACUGCAGAGGAGGAUGGAUGAUGAGGAGGAUGAUGGUGCUGGUGAUGGUGCUGGUUGUGAUAAGGAGAAAGAAUCUUCUGAGUUGACUCAAAAGGGUGAUAGGCGUGAGGGUAGGGCCUUCGGGAGGAUACAGAGGAGGAUGGAGGAAGAUGAUAGUGAUGAGGAGAAGAAUCUGAAUGGUUCGAAAAGGUCGGCUGGUGGAAAGUCAAGGAGCGGUGCCAGCACUCCCAAGGGAGGGAGGCAGGCCGGCAAGAGUCAAUCCUCUGUUGAGACUUCUCCAUUGUCUCAGAAUUCGCCGUCCCAAAACGCCAAAGGAGGGCCGAACGAUUUGUUUAGACGGGCCGGAUCGAUGGGUGCUGUGGGUGGGGAUGAGAGGGGGACUCCUGAGAGUGAGGGGCAGGGAGGAAGGAAGGAGGGGGAGAGGUUGGGGAGAAAGAAAGGAAGUGGGGAUAUGGACAGGGAAAGGAGACCGAAAGGGAGUGGGGAUAUGGAGAGGGAUCGGAGGUCGAAAGGGAGUGGGGAUUUUGAGUGGGAUGGGAGGAGGUCCAAGGCCAGUAGUGAUAUGGAGCAGGAGGAGAAGCAAGCAAAGGAGGAGGAGGGGGCGGAGAAGGAGGAGGAAAAGGACAUGGUGAAGGGGCAGGAUACGAAGGGGGGAGAGGAGGAGAAGGAGGAGGAGGAGAAGAAGGGAGUGAAGGAGGCGAAGGAGGAGAGUCCUAAGGAGAGGCGCAAGGUGAGUAAGCUGCAGCGGAGACUGGAAGAUGAUGACACGGACGAGGAGGAGGUGUGUGUGAAGGAGAGUGCGAAGGAGAGUGAGAAGGAGCGUGAGAAGGAGCGUGCGAAGCAUAGGAAGGUGGGUUCUCAGGGUGAGGAUUUGAGGAGAAUAGGUGCGGACCAGACACAGGGGAGUGGGAGAAGAGGGAGUGGGAGUGGAAGGAAGGCAGGUGCAGCAGAGACUGGUUCUGCUAGAAAGGAGGUUGGGAGCAAUCGGAAAAGUAGGUUGGGGGAGGUGGGGAGGGAGGACGGUGGGAAGACGGAGGAUGAGGGGGAGAGGGAGGGGGAGAGGAAGAGGAGAGGAAAGGAAGAUAAGGCAAGGGAGAAGAAGGAGAAGGACGGGGGGAAGAAGGGCGGGAGCAAAGGGAGUGGGAGGAGGGAGAAGGCCGAGAUGCCUCUAAAGGCGACUCGUGUGUUUGCGGAUACCAACACCGAUUGGAAUGCUGAUCCUUCCUCUGCUGCUACUUCCGAUGGGCUGCCUUGCAAGUCUCCUAGAAGCAUUCGCGAGGGCUCUUUCUUUGGGAGCCUGAGCAGCUUCCGAUUCGCGCCUGACGUUCGCUCGCUCUGGUCUCGAACCAAGACGAUGAAUGAGAGAGAUGGGGAGGAGCGGAAGAGGAAGGAGGAGAAGCGGCGGAAGGAGGAGGGGGUAGGAGAGGAGGAGGAGGAAGGGGGGAAGGGGAGGGAGGGAGGGGAGAUGGGCCGGUCUUGGUCCCGGACUAGGACGAUAAAUGAGGGAGAUGGGGAGGCGAGGAAGAGGGAGGAGAGGAGGAGGAAGGGGAGUAAUGGGGGAGAUGAGGAACAGGAGGGGAGAGAGGGUGGGGAGUUGGGGCGGUCUUGGUCUCGAACCAAGACUCUGAAUGAGGGAGAUGGGCAGGCGAGGAAGAGGGAGGAGAGGAGGAGGAAAGGUAGCGCGGGAGAGGAGGAACUGGAGGGGGGAAAGGGGAGGGAGGGAGGGGAGAUGGGGCGGUCUUGGUCGCGAACCAGGACGAUAAAUGAGGGGGAUGGGGAGGGGAGGAAGAGGGAGGAGAGGAGGCGGAGGAAGGGGAGUGGAAGUGGGGAGGAGGGGUGUGGCAUCGGUGCGUCUGGGUUGGACGAUCUGGGUGUGAAGGAGGGCAGGAAUGGCAGCACUGAGGGGCGAAUCAAGCCAAAGGAGGAGGGUGGGUCAAGGCGUGCGGGUAAGGACGGGAAAGGCGUGCGAACUCUCUUGAUUGACGCAGGCAGUGAUAGCGAGGAGGAGGAGGAUGGGAGGGAUGAGCAGGCAGAAGGGGAGCAAGGAGGCAAGGAGGGUGAGAAGGAGCAGGGGCAGCAGGAGAAGCUGGAUAAGGCUAAGAAGCAACAGCUAGAGUGGAUGGAGGAAGAGGGUCAGAUGGACACUGCAGCUGCAACAGCUGGGGGAGCAGCAGAGGCAGCGGGAGGCAAAGGGGCGGCAGGAGUGAUGUCGCCUGCGUCGGAUGGCGAGGUGUACGUGAUUCGCCGGUUCUCCGACUUCGAGUGGCUGUAUGACCGCCUGGGGGAUCUGCACAGGGGAGCCAUCGUGCCGCCCCUGCCUGAUAAAAACGUUGUGGAGAAGUUUCGGUUCAGCCGCGAGUUUGUGGAGAGCAGGCGGAGGGGGCUGGAGACGUUUGUCAGGCGCGUGGCCCGGCACCCGGUGCUGGGAGGCGCGGAGGAGCUGCAGCACUUUCUCAAAGACAGCGAGGACCGAUGGACCAUGGAGAUGCGCAAGGCAUCUGAGUCGAAGCUAUUAGGAGCCAACCAGCGACUUCCUGAGCCUCCCAGCGUGCAGACCACCCACCAUGCUCUCACCCUUUCCCUUCCCAUCUCCUCCCCCGCCAGACCAUGGAAAUGCGCAAGACACCACCCUGGCGAGCGCUGUGCUGGGGAGGGAGGAGGCGGCGCACUCACCCUGUCGUUCCCAUUUCCCUCCCAUCUCCUCUCCUUCCAGACCAUGGAAAUGCGAAAGACUUCCGAAUCAAAGUUACUAGGAGCCAAGCCCAGCGACUUCCUGAGCCUCUUCUCCAGCGUGCAGACCACCCUGGCGAGCGCUGUGCUGGGGCGGGAGGAGGUUACGGAGGAGGCGGAGACAGAGCGAGUGAGGCGGUACGCUGAUGCCCUGGAGAAGGCCCUUACGGACUGCCAUAGGGACGCGCUGCAGUUCGUGAAGAAACAGCGAGAGCUGGGGGCUUCCAUGUGCGAGUUUGGAGUGGCGCUGCAGUCGCUGGGGCAGUGGGAGGAGGGGCCGUUUUCUCAGCUAGGGGCGUCCAUGUGUGAGUUUGGAGUGGCGCUGCAGUCGCUGGGGCAGUGGGAGGAGGGGCCGCUGGGGAAGUGCUUUAGUGAGGUUGGCAACAAGGCGGAUAUAGUGGGCUCUGCCACGCGGAACAAUAAAGCCAUCUCAGACCGCUCCCUGGCAUGGCGCAACCUGAACCAGCUGGAGGCAGACCUCAAAGCCAAGAAGGGCAAACUGCAUAGAGCGCAAGCAACGUCAAUGAAGCAGGAGAAGAUCGAAGAGAUUGAGAAGGAGAUUGCAGAUGUGAGUGCAGUUAGAGAGGUGAGUCGCAAGCUGGAAGAUGCCAAGAAGGAGCACGCUGACGUGGCGCAGCGCCUAGGUGGCGAGCUGCAGCGCUGCCACGUGGAGAUGGCAGCGGAUUUCGACCGCAUGGCUGCGGGUGCUGCCCUGCAGCAGUCACAUCCACACCUACAAGCACCAGCACAGCAAGCAGUGUAA